AUGGGCAAAAAAAGGAAGCUCCCCCCCUCAACAAAGACGUGCUCGUCGUGUGGCGCAGUAGAGCGCGUCUUCGCGUCCAGCUGCAGCAAGUGCGGCAACGCCUUUAAGUCGGCGUCGACGUUAAAAAAAAGGUCCAGAGGCGCCAAAAAACGCGCGGCCGUGGCCGCUUCGGAGGCUGACGAACGGACGGCGGCGGCCAACGCGGCCGCCGAACAAGCGCCGGGCUUCCUACGCGACUCCAGCAAAAGUCCUGUGGCGUCGACGAAGCUAGGUUUACUCGACGUCUUGCGCUUGGUGCCCAAUGUGCAUCCAGGGACGAAGAAAGGGCUCCCGGAGUACGUCUCGACGAGAAUCAUCUCGUUCCUCACGUGCCCGGGCACGGACGCCGAGCGGGUCUACGAGCUGCCCUACGUCGACCACCACACGCAGCUCGUCGCGCGGUGCCAGCGGGAACGGCGACCAUUGCCCCCGCUGCCGAGGCCGAAGUACGUGAUCCGGAAGGCGCGCGGCGGGCUGCACUCCGAGCUGCAGGCGCUCUACGUGGCGUGUGGGCACGGUUUUGAUACCUUGGUCGGCACGCGCGGCAUCGAGGUCGGCGGCCACUUUACGCGGGUACAGCGGCCUACGAAAGAAGUCAGAUAUGCGACGCCGGCGUACAUAGCAAGGCUGGGCGGCCGUGACCCGCUACGCAAGGUUCUCGAACCGUGGCCUACGCCGGCCGUGGAUUCGGAGACGACGGGCCUGCUGUUGCAGCCGCGGCUCAAGAGCGCCUGGUCCCCGACGUCGGCGCGCUUCAACUGCGGUCCGCCGCGGCUCUUCUGUGACAUAGGCAAGCUGCCUCCCCUGGCGCUCCCCCCAUCUCCUUAUUCUACGCUCGCCGGGGAGCGGCCCAUGUCCGACUACAAGGCAACCGAAGACGAACGCCGCACGAACUCCUUCCUGCUGGGCGUGGAGGUGCAGCUCGACGAGGCUGCGUUCCUGCGCCGCCUGUCUCGUCUGGACCAGGCUUGGCUGGCCAAGGUGCGGGACUUGCCUCAAAGCCAAAUCGUCUUCGACGCACUACGGCUCGCUCCGGUGAAUGCGCAGACUGCCGGGGGCUGCGCCUGCUGGAUUGCCAAAAAGAACGCGCAACGUGCGCUUUUGUUAACCUAUGGCUGCUCUCCUGACGACCUGCGCAGAGCGGAGGGGUUGCUCAUCAAGCUGUCGGGCGACUUCGAGGCCAGCACGGGCGACGAGCUGCGGCUGUCCCAGGCGCUCGCGCACUACGUGCUGCAUUCUAGAGCGCUGGGACGCGCUGACGUUUUCCUGGAGGACGGGCGCUCUCUCGCGUCGCUUACGUACGCGGACCGGCUGAAAUGUGACCGGGUCUACGACGCAGCCCACUAUUGUUACGAAGUCACGGCCUCAUUGAAAACAGAAUAUGUCGUCGUCGUCACGGUCCCGGGCCGCAAAAUUGGUAUUGCUGCGCCGGGCUACGGACCAGAGCGCGAGCUCACCGAGCGCUUGGGUCAAGCGUACGACGAAUUACGUGGCUGUUCGCCGUGGCCCGGGCAGGGCCUCUUCGCGGAUCUCAUAAAGCUCAUGCCUAAUGCCUACGAGCCGUCGGAAACUGCCUUAGCAUUCGUCGCGCGCCACUGCGCCAGUGGCUUAGCCGGAACUCGCCUACUGGUUGUGACCGAUGGCGUGAACGUCGCCGCGGCCAUCGUGAGCGGGGCGCGGCACUUAUAUCCUGUCAAAUCCGUAGACUUGAGCUGGCGGUGGGAUUGGCCACUCCUGAAUCGGUGCGCGCCGACGAAGGAUAAGUCGAAGUUCGGCGGUGCACCCGCCUACGGUUUUGUGCGGAGCGCCGACGACGAGCGCGGGCUGGCCCAGCGGGCUUCGAGGGUACGCCAGUUCACGAGCCGAGGCAAAGUCAACGAGCACCUGAUGGUCUAUUCCUUUCUCUUCGAGCGGCUCGAGAUUAGAAUUCCCGCGGGCCUCCCGCGGGCACCCUCCGGCCUGCUCACCGAGGCGCACUUCGGCGUCGGCCACUCUUAUUGCACUUUGAUCCAAAAAUUUGGGGAGCGGCUCUCCGAGGCCGGCGAGAAAGAAGCGCAAGGCGGCAAUACGGAGAAGGACGAUGACUGGUGGAAUGAGAUUGGUGUGUGAGUAAUUGUAUGACUAAUAGUGAAA